AUGUUUCUAUACAACAUCACUCUCCAACCACCAGCAUCAAUCAACUGCGCAGUAGUAGGACACUUUUCAGGCACAAAACAACAAGAAAUAGUAAUAUCAAGAGUAACACGAUUAGAGUUAUGGAGAGUGGAUCCAACAACUAGAAAACUACAGACGCUGUUGACUCAAGACGUAUUUGGAAUAAUAAGAUCGCUAACACCAUUUAGAUUAACUGGUGGAUCAAAAGAUUAUAUAAUCGUUGGAUCAGAUUCGGGGAGAAUAGUGAUAUUGGAAUAUAAUCCUCAGAAAAAUAAAUUUACCAAAGUUCAUCAAGAGACAUUUGGCAAGUCGGGAUGCAGACGGAUUGUGCCAGGACAGUACCUCGCUGUUGAUCCAAAAGGGCGAUCUGCAAUGAUCGGUGCAAUCGAAAAACAGAAACUGGUCUACAUUCUCAAUCGUGACUCGGCCGCGAAUCUCACAAUAUCAUCUCCGCUGGAAGCUCAUAAAUCUCAUACUAUUGUGCAUCACUGCAUAGGAUUGGACGUGGGAUAUGAAAAUCCUGUGUUUGCUUGUUUGGAAGUGGAUUAUUCAGAGGCUGAUCAAGAUCACACGGGAGAGGCUUUUAUUAGUACUGAGAAGAUGCUGACUUACUACGAACUGGAUUUAGGGCUGAACCACGUGGUGAGAAAAUGGAGCGAUCCUGUUGAUGCAAGAGCUAAUAUGCUAUUCCCAGUUCCUGGCGGCAACGACGGUCCCUCUGGCGUACUCGUUUGUAGUGAAAACUUUAUAACCUACAAGCACCAACGGUCACCCUCCCUCCGCAUUCCUAUACCUCGUCGCCACAGCCCACUUGAAGAUGCUAGUCGUGGCCUUAUCAUCGUUUCCGGUGUAAUGCACAAGAUGAAGGGAUUCUUUUUCUUCCUACUUCAAAGCGAAGAGGGCGAUGUGUAUAAAGUCACAUUGGAAUAUGACAGUGAUACAGUUACAGAAGUCAAAAUUAAAUAUUUUGAUACGCUACCGGUUGCAGCGUCGUUAUGUAUUUUACGAGCGGGUUUCUUGUUUGUUGGUGCCGAGUUUGGAGACCACCGUCUCUACUCUUUUACUUCCCUGGGUGAUAACACUGAUGAGCCAGAAUACUCUAGUUCCGAUUUUAAUUCUCAAGACGAUACCGAUCCGUCAUUCGUUUAUUUUGUGCCACGCGAGCUUCGGAAUCUUGAAUUAGCCGAUACGCUCGAAAGUUUGUGUCCAUUGACUGAUGCCAAGGUAUUAAAUUUGACGGAUGAUGACACACCACAGAUUUAUGCUCUUUGUGGAAGGGGAGCAGGAAGUAGUUUUAGGAUAUUAAGACAUGGACUGGAGGUGAGCGAAAUUGCUGUUUCGGAAUUGCCUGGGAAUCCGAACGCGGUUUGGACUACAAAAUUGAGAGAUCAAGAUGAAUAUGACGCAUAUAUAAUUGUAUCCUUUGUAAAUGCGACGUUGGUAUUAUCUAUCGGGGAAACGGUUGAAGAAGUCACCGAUACCGGCUUUCUUUCCACUACACCCACAAUAGAUGUUCACCAAUUGGGCGAUGAUGCAUUACUCCAGAUUUACCCACAAGGUAUCCGGCAUAUUCGCGCCGAUCGUCGUGUAAAUGAAUGGCGUACACCUGGGAAUCGAGCUAUAGUGAAAGCAACUACUAACAAAAAUCAAGUAGUAAUUGCUCUUACUGGCGGCGAAAUUGUAUAUUUCGAACUUGAUAACCAAGGACAAUUGAAUGAAUAUCAGGAUCGUAGGCAGAUGAAUGUAAAUGUUAAUUGUUUGGCUGUCGGCGAAGUGCCCGAAGGACGUAAGCGAGCAAAAUUUUUGGCUGUCGGAUGUGCUGAUAAUACAGUGCGAAUAAUUUCUCUUGACCCAGACAGCACGCUGGAAAUCCUCAGUACCCAGGCUUUAACCGCGCCACCAUACUCUCUCUCGAUAAUUGAAAUGUUUGACAUUGGCACGGAUGCAGCACAUGGCACCUUUUAUCUCAAUAUCGGACUCCAAAACGGCGUUCUUCUUCGUACGGUUCUAGAUAAUGUCACUGGACAAUUAACAGACACACGCCAACGUUUUCUUGGAGCUCGACCAGUGAAAUUGUUUCAUGUUCGAGUCCAAAAUGCGCCAGCAGUGCUCGCAUUGUCUAGCCGGCCGUGGUUGAGCUACACUUUCCAGUCCCGGCUGCACUUGACCCCCUUAUCAUAUGAUUUGCUAGAGCAUGGUUCAAACUUCACAUCACCACAAGUGCCAGAAGGCAUUGUGGCUAUUUCUGCGAACACUCUAAGGAUAUUUACUGUCGAGAAACUUGGGACAGUGUUCAAUCAGGCUUCCCUGCCGCUAAAAUAUACCCCUAGACAUUUUAUCAAUCAUGCGCAGUCGAAAAACUUUGUGAUUAUUGAAACGGAGCAUAACACUUAUUCUCCGAGUGAGAAAGAGAAGGUGUUAAAGACAAAGGAAGCUGAGGGAGUCGAAAUUGAUGAGAAAGUUGUUAAUUUACCACCAGAUACAUUUGGAUUACCAAAGUAUGAGAGCGGAAAAUGGGCGUCUUGUAUCAGAGUCGUGAAUCCGUUCCAGGGAGAGACGACGCAUUUGAUUGAACUGGAGGAAAAUGAGGCAGCGUUUAGUAUUGCGACAGUGAGUUUCCAUAAUCACAGUAAUGAAACGUUUCUUGUCGUUGGUACUGCAAAGGAUGCCAAUCUUGCCCCGAGAACUUGCACAUUUGGUUUCAUCCACGUCUAUAGAUUUAUUAACGAGGGAAACCAACUCGAACUUGUCCAUAAAACAUCUGUUGACGAUAUACCAAUGGCACUUUUAGCAUUCCAAGGAAGGUUGCUGGCAGGAGUUGGAAAGGCUUUAAGAAUAUAUGACUGUGGGAAACGGAAAUUGUUGCGUAAAUGCGAGACAAAGGCUAUUCCCAACUGUGUAGUCGGUCUCCAUACACAAGGCAAUCGUAUCAUAGUCAACGAUAUCCAAGAAUCUAUUCACUAUGCUUCAUAUCGCCCGCAUGAUAAUCGUAUAAUCAUAUUCGCCGACGAUACUACGCCUCGAUGGGUCACUACCUCGGUAAUGGUAGAUUAUGACACUAUAGCGGGCGGGGAUAAGUUUGGAAACUUUUUUAUCGACAGAUUACCGUCCGAGACUAGUGAAGAAGUGGACGAAGAUCCAACCGGUAACAAGAUUAUGUACGAAAAAGGAUAUUUAAUGGGAGCUCCUCACAAGAUUCAAAUCGUAUGCCAGUAUCACGUAGGCGAUAUCCUAACAUCCUUGCAACGCACAACGCUUGUGGCUGGUGGGAGAGAAAUACUCCUCUAUACCGGCUUUAUGGGUAAUAUUGGUGUAUUCGUCCCGUUCAUAACCAAAGAAGAUGUCGAUUUCUUCCAAACACUUGAAAUGCACAUGCGUCAAGAAGCUCCUCCCUUGGCAGGCAGAGAUCAUCUGAUGUACAGAAGCUUCUACGCUCCGGUGAAGGCAGUAAUUGAUGGAGAUUUGUGUGAGCAAUAUAAUUUAUUACCAAUGGAUAAGAAGAGAGCAAUUGCUCAAGAGUUGGAUAGAACGCCGGCCGAGAUACAAAAGAAAAUCGAAGAUAUGAGAGUCUUGGCAGCGUUUUAG